AAGUUUUUACACUCUCCAAACAUUCCCUGAUGACCUUCCCUUCAUUAUAAACACCUGUGGCCUGGCCUACCACCCCUCUCCCCCUUCCUUAGCCAGUCCCCUUCCAGAUCCAGGAGCCUGCCGCUGGUAUAUAGUCCACGGUCCCCUCGUGCUCACAGCAACUGCUACUACGGCUGCAUCGACACGUCUCCUCUGCGACACGUGCAGGCAGGCUCCCGAAGGCUUCUGCUGCAAUCCUCAAACUCUCUGACGUGGACACCAUGAAGGUGGUGUUGCUCUCCUUGUGGGUGGUGAUGUUGGGGGCGGCGGGCGUGCUGGCCGAACAAGCCGACGAACGUUUAAUACCGACGGAGCUACCGACGGACACACCGACCGAGCCACCGACGGAGCCACCGACGGAGCCACCGACGGAACCACCGACGGACCCACCGACGGAGCCACCGACUGAGCCACCAACGGAGUUAGCGACGGAGCCACCAACGGAGCCACCGACGGACCCACCGACGGAGCCACCGACGGACCCACCGACGGACCCACCGACGGGCCUACCGACGGACACACCGACGGCCACACCGACGGACACAUGGAGAACCACAUCGACAUGGACAACGCCAGGCACACCGGCGGAGACACCGACCGAGCCGCCAUCAGUAAACAUCAUUGGAAGGCCCGUGGACUGUGCAGACUACCUCAUGGCCGGAGCGACUUCUAGCGGAGUCUACGAGAUCUACCCCUUCUCGUGCACGUGCGCCAGGUCGGUGAGGGUCUGGUGCGACAUGGAGACGGACGGCGGCGGCUGGACGGUGUUCCUGAAGCGCCAGAAACAGACGAAUCAACUUGACUUUAACCGCACGUGGCUCGAGUACAAGGAAGGCUUCGGCUACCCUGAGCAGGAGUACUGGCUGGGCAACGAAGAGCUUCACCAGAUGACAUAUAGCCGCGAGUACACCAUCCGCCUCGACGUCGAGUCUACCUCUGGAGGUUCUGAUUACACCACUUACGAUGGCUUUAAGGUCGGGACGGAGGACAGCAGGUAUCAACUCACAGUGAGCGGCAGCCUCAGAGGAGACACAAACGUCAUGAAUUGCUUCCGAUCCUUAAGAAACCGCUACUUUACUACACUUGACAGGGACUACGACUCUUAUAGUGGCAACUGUGCAGCCAAGCAGGGAGGCGGAUGGUGGUACUACGACUGCAGAAAAUUCAACCCAACCAGCAUCUACAACAGUUCCUCCAUAGACAUGCUCUGCUAUACUAGCUCGUAUACACAGAAGGUGACGAACAUCGAGCUCAAGCUCAGGCCGGCCAUCUGCGACUCUUCGAUUAAGACCAUCCACCUGCAGGACAUCAGCUGCGGCUGCCAGAAUACAGCCGAACUCAUGCCCUAGUGAUGAUCUUGUUCUGGACUCCUAGAGCGUUCAUGUCUCGCCGACACGUCAGUUUACACCAUUCUGAGCACAGUUCUGAGUCAGGAGCUUAUCUCAAUACACAGUGAAAAGAUUUUAAUAAAUACUUAACUUGAAAACGUGUUAGUUAAAGUGUUAUCAGAAGACAAUAUCGAUAAAAGAGUUCAUGUCCCAUAAUCAUAUAAAUAAUAAGGCAGAUUUGUGCAUUGUAUCCUGCAUGACACGAUGUACAGUACGCAGCGACCUUCAACCAGACACCAACGAGCAUCACAACACAAUCCAUACUGUGGUCGUUGUCCACUCUAUUGUUCCAUUUAGAAUACCAAAUUUACCUCAAGAUCAUGUCGAUAUCCUGAUACGAGCUGUCACUGUUCCUCACUUGAAACACUUUCGGACAUUUUUCAGUUUCUUCCAUCAAUAAAAUCUCGAGACCUUCC